CCCGGCAGGCCGCGGGGAGAGGUGAGGCGAGGCUGGCAGGGAGUGCUGCCGCACCCCCGGGCGGUCAGCAGAGCCCACGGCUUGAAAUAUUACAGCGAUGUAGCCAGGCGUGGUGUGUGUCCCUCUGUCGUGUGCCUGUGCACCGACGGUGGGAUCACCACUGGCAGAUUUUGUGCCAUCAGGGUGCCUGGGUGUAGGGAACAUGACCUUGUCAGCCCGACACUUGUGGUCUGUAAAGGGAUGAGAUGCGUAGCUAGGGUCGGACAGGAUGAAGCUGGAAGGGCUGGCAUCCUUUCUGGCCUGGAAAUACAUGGCUGCUUACCAAAAACUGUGACCAGUAUAAAGAUGAGCAACGGUGACACAUAAAUCGUUGGAAGGAGCCAGGGCAAACACGAAGCCUUGGUUUAUACACGUGUGUGUACUGGGGCUGCCCUGCAGCGCCGGGGCCACCACACGCCUCUGCUGGAACGGUGAGGUCACAGCGGCAAACCCUGGUUCUGAGGGGAGCACCAUCAUUCCUGGGUGCCCCUCUGCAACAACACUAGGCUUGGUGAGACAAUUUCCGGCAAACUGCUCCCUGAACACCAGAGCUAGUAAGAUGGAAGUGAUGGCAGAUGACUGUGAUACACGAGAUAUCUUGAAGCCUCUUGUGUUCCGUCUCCAUGAGAAUGCCCCUGCAAUAGUCCGUGAGGUUUUACUGGAACGUGGUUGGACUGAAUUUGAUCAAAAGGAGCAAGAUGACACAGACUGGAACUUGUACUGGCGGAACUCACCUUUUCGUAUGACAGACCACCACAGCAUCAAACCGUGGCAGAGACUCAACCACUACCCAGAAGCUGUCAGAAUAACCAGAAAAGACUAUUUGGCAAGGCAUCUGAAACGUAUGAAAGGAGCAUACGGAUCAGCUCUGUAUGAACUUAGUCCAGUGUCAUUCAUUAUGCCCAAUGACUAUGUCAAAUUUAUAGCUGAAUACAGCAAGGAGAGACAGUCAGUAGGCAGAAGACCUAGCUACUGGAUUUGCAAGCCUGUGGAUCUCUCCCGUGGAAGGGGCAUACUCAUUUUCCAAGACAUUAAAGACUUGGUAUAUGACUGUACAGUCAUUGUGCAGAAGUACAUUAGCAACCCCUUACUCAUUUCAGGUUAUAAAUUGGAUCUUCGCCUCUAUGUGUGUGUCACCAGUUUUUGUCCCCUUACCAUUUACACUUACGAAGAAGGACUGGUGAGGUUUGCGACUGAGAAGUUUGACCUCGGUUCUCUGGACAAUGUCUAUGCCCACCUAACGAACACCAGCAUCAACAAAUAUGGAGCUUCCUAUAAAAAAUAUAAAGAAGGGAUUGGCUGUGGCUGCAAAUGGACAUUCAGCAAAUUUCGUUCUUACCUUCGAAUUUUUGGGGUCGAUGACUUGCUUCUGUGGCAGAAGAUCAAUAACAUAGUGAUUCUCACCUUGCUUGCUGUAACCCCUUUACCAGUGGCUUCCAAUUGCUUUGAGCUCUUUGGCUUUGACAUCCUGAUUGAUGACAAAUUCAAGCCGUGGCUUUUAGAAGUCAACUACAAUCCGGCCUUGUGCUUAGACUGUUCCAUUGAUGACACUGUGAAAAGACGACUUCUUCAUGAUAUUGUUGAACUGCUGAACUACAAGGAGAUUGACACUCUCAGGCGGAAUGAAAUGACUGGGUCAAAAGCUGUCAGAAGACGGGUGCCCUUGAGAACAGCUGGUCUGAGCACCCCAGAGGAGGAUCCUGGCUUACUCACUUGCUGGAAAGUGGCUACAUCUAAUUCUGCUUCUCCAGUACAACCUGCCCUGCAGACUGCAAGAGGAUCAAUUCAUAAGGUGGCUUCCCUGACCAAGAAAACUGUCAGAGCACAUCCAAGGAAAACACUGACUUCCCAGCUGCGGGAAAAGAUGAACAGGCCAAAAACAUCCUCACAAGCAAAAACUGAAGAUAAAAACAAACUCCCAGCUGUACAUUACCCAUGCAGUUCUGCCCAGCUCAGUCACUGGUUACCUACACCCGAUUUCCGCAACUGCAAGAUAAGCACACAUCCCUAUUUCCUCUCAGAUAAAGACCAGAGGCCUAUCUGCCAGGUAGGAGACUUUGUCCUUAUUUUUCCUUUCAAUGAAGCUGCACUUCGGGCUUCCAGGGAUAGAAUAGAUGUAAAGAGCAUCAUAAAGGAAAUAAACAAAUUAGUGAGCAAACAGUUGCUGUCAAAACAGCAGAAUACAAAGAAGGGGGUAGGCUAUUUAACUUCUGUUUAAUUUCAUGACAUUAGGUUAUAUAGACAUACCAUAAAUGACAUCUUUAGCUUGAAGGAGGUAGAUAUAUACUGAAAUUUUUUUAGAAAGAGAGAGAUCUCAAAACCACACAGAAUUUAAAAAUUGUAAUUUAGCAAUUACCAUCAGAGAUUAUUUUUGAAAAUGAAAGCACUGAAUAAUUCUUUAAAGUAAUCCACAAAUAAAAAUGGAGAACUGCAUUUCUCAAAACAUCCUCAGAGACGCCAGUGUUUGUUUAUUAUUAUAUCAGAGAUCUUUGCUUCUUUUCUUUUCUUGACUAAGAGGGCCUUACGAUUUGAAAAAGCUGGUCAGCUUACACCGGGGGGGCAUUCAACGUGCCCUCAGUUUACAAAGGUGCAGGUGAUAUGAAUGACACAAAACUAUCACAUUUUUGAACAACCCAGUGAGCUUCCUGACAUUCAUUUCCAUGGGUUAAUUUUGUAUUGUAUGAAACAACUUUCAUUUUAUGACCUGUAGGACUCUGUAGAAAUUCUUAUGGAAAGUAAGCUUAAAUAUAUAGUGCUCCAGUAUUUUUUUCAGAUAAACUCUUGAUAAACAAGGCCUUGUAGACU